AUGAGAUACCAUAUUGUAUACGCACUUUCUGCUGUGGUCCCGCUCUGUGCAGCGGCCGAUAUCUACGUCUCCCCGUCCGGGUCAGAUACCGCCGCGGGAACGAUCGACGCGCCUCUUCUAUCGAUCCAAUCGGCGGUUGAUAAAGCGACAGCUGGUUCUACUAUUUAUCUUCGUGAGGGGACCUAUUCUCCAACAACGAACAUUCAGAUCACCAAGAGUGGAACGGCAUCUGCUCCGUAUGUUCUUCGGGCCUAUGACGGUGAAAAGGUCACAAUUGAUGGGGAGGAACUUCCGGGAACCCCGGCGGAGCUGGAUGGAUCGCUUGCCAAUGACGACCGAGGAAUCUUGCAUAUCCAAGAUGCCGAGUACUGGGAGUUCUAUGAUCUUGAAUUGAUCAAUGGCCCGUAUGGCGUUUAUGCGCGCGAUUCUUCUAACAACCACUACGAGCGUAUUAUUACGAGGGAGAACUAUGAAACUGGCUUCCAGCUCGAAGGCGCAUCCUCUAACAACAGCGUCUACUACCUCGACUCAUACCUCAAUCGGGACCCGCGCAAGAACGGAGAGAGCGCUGACGGGUUUGCCUGCAAAGAAGGCUCUGGUGAGGGCAAUGUGCUUCGAGGAGCGAGACUGUGGAACAAUGUCGAUGACGGCUUGGACCUAUGGGAAUUCAAGUCGGCCGUGACGAUUGAGGACACCAUUUCGUACGGUAACGGUUACAACAGAUGGGGCUUCUCACCAUUUGAAGGUGACGGCAACGGUUACAAGCUUGGUGGCGGUGACGAUGCUGAUAUCGGGCCGGCCAACCACGUUAUCACCAACUGUAUCGCGUUCGGAAAUUCCAAGGACGGCUUCACCGAUAAUUCUCAACCAGGUGAUUUCACUCUGACAAGAAACACGGCCUGGAACAAUGCCAAGGUAGGCUUCAAGUUCGGCACGGCUGUGGCCACGUUGAGCAAGAAUAUUGCGGCGGAGAAUGGAGAGACUCCUACUUCCUUGAGUGAGGAGCAGGUGUCCACAGAAAACUCAUGGGACGGUAGCGAAUCCUGGAGUAAUAGUAGCUUUGUCUCUGUUGAUGCGACCUUGGUUCAAGGAGCGCGCAACGCAGAUGGAACGAUUGAUCCUAGCGACUUUUUGUUGCCCAAGUCUGGGGAGGAAAUUGCCAACAUGACCAAAACCACAGAAAAGAAAUCAUGGAUCCUCAAUGCCUUUGCGAUGUUUUCGCCUGGGCAUUUAUCGCCUGGGCUAUGGAAACAUCCGAAAGAUCGCGCUGGUGAUUUCCUCGAUCUGUCGUAUUGGAUUGAGUUAGCGAAAGUUUUGGAGAAAGGCAAAUUCCAUGGAUUGUUUCUGGCAGAUCAUCUCGGGAUCUACGAUGUGUAUAAAGGUCCGGGGAAUAGAGAGCCUGCGUUGUUAUCGGGGGCGCAAUUCCCUAUUGGGGAUCCAUUCCUCCUAAUCUCAGCAAUGGCCUCUGUAACCACAUCUCUCUCUUUCGGCAUAACUGCAUCCACCACAUACGAAACCUCGCCAUACGCGUUGGCUCGCAAGUUCUCAACCUUAGACCACCUUACCCACGGUCGCGUGGGAUGGAACAUUGUCACCUCAUUCCUGGAUAGUGCAGCGAAGGCAUACGGAAUGGACGAGCAGAUUCCUCACGAUGAACGAUAUGCGCGCGCGGACGAGUAUAUGGAGCUUACUUACAAGCUAUGGGAAGGAACAUGGCGCGACGGAGCAGUUGUCAAGGAUCCGAAGACAGGUGUUUAUAGUGAUCCUAGCCAGGUGCGCGCUAUUGAGCAUCAUGGGAAGUAUUUCAAGAGUACGGCUGCGAGUCAGUUGCCUGCCUCGAGGCAGAGGACGCCGUUGCUUUUUCAGGCGGGAGCUUCUUCCGCUGGUAAGCGAUUCGCUGCUAAACAUUCCGAAGUGAUGUUCCUACCUGGCCUGGAGCCGGAGAAAACCAAGGCAGUGGUAGAUGAUAUGCGACUGACAAACAACAGAAAGCAACUAGCCGAAGUAGACCGCCCAGCAGACAGCAUCAAAUUUAUCGCCGGGAUCCUCGUCAUAGUCGACGAGACGGACGAGAAAGCCCAAGCCAAAUACGAAGAGUACCUAGCCCAAUCCGACCUCGAAGGCGUUGCGACACUCUUCGGCGGCUGGACCAGCAACGACCUAUCCAAGUUCGACGACGACGAGGACUUCUCUUUCACUGCCGUUGGGGGAAUCCAGUCUCUGAUCUCGAGUUGGUCGAAAACUGUUCCGAACUCUAACGGGUUGAAAUGGACGAAACGUCGCGUUCUGCAGGAAUUGGCGCUGGGUGGGGCCCAUCCUCGGGCUAUUGGAUCACCGAGUACGGUGGCGGAUAUUCUGCAGCGGUGGGUUGAUGUUGCAGGUGUUGAUGGCUUUAACUUCUCGUAUGCGGUUUCGCCGGGGACAUUUGAGGAUAUGAUUGAGUAUCUGUUUCCGGAGCUGAGGAGGAGGGGGGUCAUUUGGGAUGAUUAUGAGGUGAAGGGUGGAUCGGCCAGAGAGAACUACUUUCAGGAUGGGCUAGGGUCGAGGCUGCGUGAGGGUCAUCCUGGGACGGAGUAUACUUGGAACUGA